CCUCCUUCGACCGGCCCCCCGACCGCUCCCUGAGGCCGCGCGGUUUGCGGCUCCACGGCUGCCUCCACCACCACCACCUCCCUCGGGGUCUGCCACAACCACAACAACAACCACCACCCUCAGUGCGGGUACCAGAUGCGAAGAGGAGGAGGGCGAGGAGGAGGAGGAGGCGGCAGCGGUGCGGCCAGGUUUUCCCGGGAGGAGUGGUGAGGAGCUGCCCGCCAGCGAUCCCCGUCACGAUGAUGCGACUGAAGCUCAAGCGGCCGGGUCACGACCCCCAUCGUGAGAAGUUGAAGCAGGAACUCUUUGCCUUCAACAAGACAGUGGAGCAUGGCUUCCCGCACCAACCCAGCGCCCUGGCCUACGACCCCGACCUGCGGCUCAUGGCCAUCGGUACCAAGUCCGGCGCCGUCAAAAUCUACGGUGCUCCGGGAGUGGAGUUCACCGGACUGCACCACGACAUCGCCAUCGUCACGCAGCUCCACUUCCUGCCAGGACAGGCGCGCGUGGUCUCGCUGCUGGACGACGGCUCGCUGCACCUCUGGGAGAUCGUUGAGAAGGACGGAUACUCGACGCUCACCGAAGUCCAGGCUUUCACCAUCCCGAGCCGGCCAGGGUCUGAACAACAUCCAAACGCUCCGCCCAGCCUGGCGCGCGUCACGGUGCUGUCGGCGAGCGUGGCGGGCGACCGCCUCUACGUGGGCACCGAGGGCGGCGUCGUGAGCCAGCUCGAGCUGCCCGCCAUGCGCCUCCUCGACGACCUGACGCUCACGCAGGAGGACCUGCUGCACGGAGUACCGGACGAGUACCGCGGCGGCAAGGCGCUGGGCCCCAUCGAGGCGGUGCAGGAGCACCCGCGGGACCCCCACCGCCUCCUCGUGGGCUUCAGCCGCGGCCUCAUGCUGCUGUGGGACCAGGCGACGCGCCGCAUGCUCCGCUGCUUCCCCACGGCGCAGCAGCUGGAGAGCGUGACCUGGCAGAGGAACGGAACGCAGUUCGUGAGCUCGCACAACGACGGCAGCUACCGCGUCUGGCACACAGGCAGCAGCAGCGCGGAGGAGGAGGACGGCGAGGGGGGGCACAAGAUCCCCUACGGGCCCUACCCCUGCAAAGCCAUCAACAAGAUCCAGUGGCUGCUAACGAGAGGGGAUCCGUACAUCGUGCUGAGCGGUGGCAUGCCGCGUGCCAGCUACGGAGACCGCCACAGCGUCACCGUGAUCCACGGCACCAGGCACGUCGCCUUCGACUUCACAUCCCGCGUCAUCGACUUCUUCACCGUCUGUAACGAGGCUCCCGACAGCGAGUACGACGCGCCGCAGGCCCUCAUCGUGCUCGUGGAGGAGGAGCUGGUGGCCAUCGACCUGCGCUCAGAAUCCUGGGCCCCGAUCCCGCCGCCGUACCUGGCGUCGCUGCACUCGUCCGCCAUCACCUGCUCGCACCACGUCUCCGCCGUGCCGCUCAAGAUCUGGGAGCGCAUCGCGCGCUGCGGCCGCAAGCAGGAGGACGAGAAGAACAAGUCGCACGCCGAGUGGCCCGUCAACGGAGGCAUCAACAGGAACACGGAGCCCGCGCUGAGAGACCUGCUGCUCACUGGACACGAGGACGGCUCGGUGCGGUUCUGGGACGCGUCGGGGGUGGCGCUGAAGCAGCUCUACAAGCUGGGCACGGCCAACGUGUUCCUCACCGAGGCCGACCACGCCGCGGAGGGCGAGGACGAGGAGUGGCCGCCCUUCCGGAAGGUGGGCUGCUUCGACCCCUAUAGCGAUGACCCACGGCUUGGCAUUCAGAAGAUCUCCCUGUGCAAGUUCAGUGGGCAGAUGGCGUUGGCUGGCUCGGCUGGACAGGUGCUGGUGAUGGAGCUGAACGACGACGAGGUGGAGCACGAGGUGGACGUGUACACGGUGGACCUGCUCGAGGAGAACGAGACGUUCCGCUGGAAGGGACACGAGCGGCUGACGCAGCGCGCCGGCCGCAUCCGCUUCCCCGCCGGCUUCCAGCCGCAGCUGCUGGUGCAGUGCUCGCCCCCGGCGUCCGUCACGUCGCUGGCGCUGCACCCCGAGUGGCGCCUCGUGGCGUUCGGCACCAGCCACGGGCUGGCGCUGUUCGACCUCCAGCAGCGCCGGGCCGUUAUGUCCAAGUGCACGCUGCACCCCAACGACGCGCUGGCGCUGGAGGGCCCCCUGUCGCGCGUCAAGUCGCUCAAGAAGUCCCUGCGCCAGUCGUUCCGCAGGAUCAGCAAGAGCCGCGCGUCGGGGCGCAAGCGGCCGCCCAGGGACGGCGCCAACAAGUGUGUCAGUACUCAGGGCCGCCUGGAUAAAGUGCAGGAGGCAGAGGGCGAGGUGGAGCUGGCGCCCGUGCAGCGCCGCAUCGAGGCUCGCUCCGCCGACGACUCCCUCUCCGGCGUCGUCAAGUGCAUUUACUUCGCCGACACGUUCCUGCGUGACGGAUCACACCACGGACCCAGCCUGUGGGCCGGCACCAACGCUGGCAUCAUCUUCGCCUACACCAUCGACGUGCCGUCGUCUGAGCGCCGAUCGGAGACUCCGGUGGAAGCUCGGCUAGCCAAGGAGAUCCAGCUGAUGCACCGGGCCCCCGUGGUGGGCCUCACCGUGCUGGACGGGAAGGGCAGCCCCCUGCCCGAGCCGCUAGAAGUGCUGCACGACCUGGCCAAGUCGCCCGAGAUGGGCUCAAGCCACUCGCUGCUGAUCAUCUCCGAGGAGCAGUUCAAGGUGUUCGCACUGCCGCGCGUCGGCGCCAAGAACAAGUUCAAGCUGACGGCGACGGAGGGGUCGCGCGUGCGCAAGGUGGCGCUGGCCACGUUCGCCAGCGCGGCGCCGGCGGGGGAAGACUACAGCGAGAGCUGCCUCGUGUGCCUCACCAACCUGGGCGAGGUGCACGCCUACAGCGUGCCCGCACUGCGCCUGCAGGCGCGCCACGGCUGCAUGCGCCGGGAGGACGUGAGCGGCAUCGCCUCCUGCGUCUUCACCAAGUCGGGACAGGGCUUCUAUCUGAUCUCCCCGUCGGAGUUUGAGCGCUUCUCCCUCUCCGCAAAGAGCAUCACGGAGCCGCUGUGCGCCGUGCAGCCCAAGGCUCGCGACGUCCCCACCAGGCAUUCGGCCAAGGACAGGCAGAGGAACAGCACGAGGAGCAAUGGGAGCAGCUCGUCUGUCGGAGAAGCAGGUAAGAAGAAGGGAAAGAUCAUGGAGAACGCCCUGUUGACCGACUCGUCCGUGCUGGAGGAGAUUCAGGAGACCCUGAGCUCGUCUAACGCGGCGGCGGCGGCUGCGGCUGCGGAGGCCAAGGCCGGUGGUCGCGUGGGAGCCAAGCCGGCGCCCUGACUCGAGAAGCAGGAUGGAUACUGUUUUUGCGCGGAGAUAGUUAACCGACGGCUCCUGGAACCUACCUUCUCACUCUCUCUCUCCCCCCACACCCGUCGCUCGCCAGCGAAGACCCCAACGGAUUCACACACCGCACGCAAAGACAAAUAUCACCCCUACAUAGCCUUCUUCAACAGGCUGUUUGGGGCAAGUGCUGUUAGCGAGUAGCAGCGCCUAUGAAAGCCGGCACGGCGCACGAGAGGGGGUCGUGUGGCCAGUCUCCCCAGUGCUGAUGUUUACACACCGCAUCAGAUACUCAUUUAAGGCUCAGUCGACCCAAGGGGAGGCCCAGGGCUGGUUCAGAUAAUCGCCACUGUUCCUGGUCGUGAGCGGGAAUCGAACUCUGUGCGCCGGGUCCGUAGCUUUGUGCGCUGGCCCGCUACGCUACCGCUCCCCCAACAAAUACAACAACAACAACAGCCGUCAUUCGCCGCACGCACGUACACACGCACAACAACAACAACAACCGCCGUUCACCACUAAGUGGCGGUGACGUCACCGUGACGCUUGUGCCGUGCUUAGACGCACAUUGCGGCCACGUGAAGUGUCGGAAGGCCAAGCGCUUGCAGGAGGUCACGGACGCGUUUCCCCCCCCCAGGUGCGACACGCACACAGGCACACACAAUGCCUCGUCCCUUCAGCUUAACGUCGAGCCCGUACCCUCAGGCUCCCGCCAGUCCGUGCCUUUACGCCUCUGAUAAUCCAGACCUGGGGUGGGGGUGGGGUGGGGUGGGAGGGGGUCGCUGUUCGGCUUUCCGAGCCGGCGCUGCCGCGGCUCAGGGUGCAUGAUGAGGGUUCUUGCCUUGGGCGGUGCGACCUCCCACCCCCCCCCCUGCCCCCCCCCC